AUGCCCAAAGCCGUCGCAGCCCCUUCCACCUUCACGACACGACCAAGACCACAACUACGGCCACAAUCGACUCCCCAACCUCGAAGCUCACACAAUUCGCGAUAUGAGAUGAGCGUCGAUUCGUCCCCGAAGCCUACGCCGCCUCUCCCGAUACGUGCGGGCGCCGCAUCGACCCCUCCCGACAGCCCGCCGUUCCCCGCUGCCCGGGCGCCCUCCCCUCCUGCGCCCGCUACUCCCGUCUCUGUGCCCUCUCCGGCGCCGUCCGAAUCACCGCGGCGCUCCCCUCGCGACUCGUCGGUCGAGAGCCUGCUUGCGCUUCUCCACAGUCGCCGCCGUGGCCUCCUGCUCGACGCAACCGAACAGCAUGCGGUACGACUGACGGAGGCGCAAUACCACACCCUGCACAAGUCGAUCGCCAAGGACAAGGCGCUCAAGGCCUGGGUGGAUGACCAGGGCCGUUACGACUGGAUACCCGACUCCGGCGGCGCGGGCGGCACCUUCGUCCUUCGCAUGCCCAGCCCCAAGCACGACUCCUUUGCGCGCAGCGUGGACAUCUACAUCCAGCGCCAAAUCGACAAAAUUCGGACGAAGGAGCGACCCGGGAUAGUCGAUGAGAUCCGCGAGGCGGUGAAGCGCAUCCACGGCACCGGCACGUCUGAUGCAAGGCUAGGUGACACGGCGAAGGUCAGCGCGGAUGCUGCGUAUACCGUCGAGGGGCGCGCCCGACCGCUCGUCGUCAUCGAAGUCGCAUAUUCGCAGAAUAUCUCUGCGAUCAAGGACAGCAAGGCGCCGCUCUGCAUACGGCAUGGCUCAAAUGUCGUUGUUGCCUUCGACCUGCAUUACGAGAAGCCGGCAGACCGUCGAAACGCCGCAGCCCCGAGUGCAUCCUCUGCUGCAUACACAAUAUACCGGGCGGAUAGAUUUGAGGAGAAUGGCGUAGCGAAGGUCGCCAUGGAAGCUGCUGUGGAGGAUGUGGACUUCCUCGCCAAUCAUGCAGGCGCGCUGCAGCUCAGCCUGUCGGACUUCUUCCCGGAAAAUCAGGUCCCCAUGGGCGCAGCUGAUGUCCACAUCGAGAUACCGCACCUUUCGCUAGAGGGAUUCUUGUCGACCGCCGAAGCGCAACAACAGACCUACGAUGCCAACGCAGCUUCGCCCAUCCGCGAAUUUGUUGGCUCAAGGAAGCGGAGGGCCAGCCUGGACCAGCAAUUGCAUAAUUCGUCGUUCGAAUCUGAGCCGCCUGAGGACAAUCCUACCGCACCCGGGGACAACACCGCCGAGGCUGGAGACUCGCAAUCAUCAUACGCGCCGUCUAUUGGCGUUGCUGGUCCGACGAAGCGCGCAAAACACCAUGCCGAUGACGAAGCCGAAGAUAGCUGAUCCAUCCAGAGACUGAACGUGCACAUCGACUCACCUUAAGCAGGCAACACCCUAGAUACGCGACGACUGCGACGACUCGGGGCGGUUUUGCGGUGUUUGUGGCGUAUUCGGCGACGCCAACGGCCCUGCUAUCGAAGAGGAUUGGAAGCGCGAGUUGGUAGAGACCGAAGGGUCGAGCAGGCAGGAGGGACAUGGAGCAGGGUGGGAAGGUGGUAGCAAGGACCGUGACCGGGGACGAGGACGUUUAACCGCCGUCGUGUGUUCAGGGCCACUGUCUGAGGUGUAUGUAUAUCCAAGCGGGUCAGAAAGCGCAUAAUGCCUGCAUGUGAGCUAAUCGUGUUCAGAUUCUUUCUCCGUCUCGAUUUUGCGUUUCUGCUUCGUGGGAUGGGGACUACUUGUAGCAGGGUUAUAGGAGGAUGCGCGGGUAG